AUCGACGCCACAGCAGCUCUGCAGGGUUACACGACAUCACCAAUCCCUAUCUUGACUUCGUAUUCUCGGUAAUUCUUGUGUCACUUGAGACUGAUGUUGUGUAGCAAUAUGUAGAUUCGCAGAGCCAAUCGCCUUGACUUCUGUCUUUCCGUACUUGCCUGAAAUGAUAGAGAGCUUUGGUGUAGAAAGGAAGAACGUUGCAAAAUGGGCUGGCAUUGCUGGUGCUUCAUUCUCUUUUGCUCAAUGUCUUACUGCCAUCCUUUGGGGAAGAGCUUCGGAUCGUUUCGGACGAAAGCCCACAAUUCUAUUCGCACUUUUCUGCACCAUGACCGCUUCUUUGGUAUGGGGUAUGUCACGAUCCCUACCUAUGGCUAUUGCUGCAAGAGCUCUGGCUGGUGCCUGCAAUGGAAAUGUUGGUAUUAUCCGAACGAUGGUGGCAGAAAUGGUACCACAAAAAGAACUUCAACCUAGAGCGUUCUCGAUCAUGCCACUUGUGUGGACUAUUGGUUCCAUCUUUGGACCCUCCUUUGGAGGAAUGUUUGCGAAACCAACAGAGAACUUGCCUUGGCUAUUUGGAGGCAACAAGUUCUUUGAGAAAUUUCCUUUCCUUCUUCCCAACCUUGUUGCUGCAGCUUUGUUCAUAGUUGGGCUGACAACUGGAGUUUUCUUCCUUGAGGAAACACUCGAAACGAAAAAGAAUCAGACAGACUACGGAGUUAUCCUAGGAAAGAAGUUCAUUAAGUGGUUCAAGGCAAUCUUCCGACUACGUCGUAUAAAUCCACAACCAUAUCGUCGAGCAUCAGAAAGUUUCGAUGAAUCUGCCGCCUCACUCCUUCGGCCAACUUCAUCAGCUGGCUCAGACGUUGGCAAAUUUGACGAUGAAUCAUUCACACCGAAAAAUACGAAAUCUGCUCCACCACGACCUACCAUGAAAGAAGUUUUCACCAGACAAUCCAUCAUCAAUCUCGCAGCCUACACAUUCCUCGCCCUCCACUCCGUCUCGUUCGACCAACUCCUACCGAUCUUCCUUCACUUGCCACCUCAAGUUCCUAAUUCAGACAACACGAAACUACCGUUCAAAUUCUCUGGUGGGUUCGGCCUACGAUCAAGUCGAAUUGGAACAUUGUUUACCAUGUAUGGUGUUGUGGGAUGCUUCAUCCAAUUCCUCAUCUUUCCGCCAACAGCCCGUAAAUUCGGCGUUCUAAAUUGCUUCAAAGUCUGCGCCGUCACAUUCCCGCUCGUCUCGUUCGUCACACCAUAUACAGCACUGAUCCAGAACAGCGCCACUCAACAAGCUGCAAUCUUCGGCAUCAUGAUUGUCAAAUGUUUCGCAGUCAUCUUCGCAUUCCCAUGCUCGAUCAUCCUUCUCACCAACUCUGCCGUCAGUCUCCGUAUCCUGGGGACAUUGAACGGUUUCGCAGUUUCGAUAUCUGCCAUUGGGAGAGCUAUAGGUCCAGCUAUGACGGGAACUGUCUUCACAUGGGGUUUCGAGAGAGGAUAUAUGAUAACAGCUUGGUGGUUACUUGGAAUUAUCGCAGCUAUUGGCGCAAUACCAAUCUGGUACCUCGUCGAGAUGCCAGGUUUCUCCAAAUCAGACUCUGAUUCUGACGAUGACGACGAAAGCCUCCUACCAACAGUUGAAGAAGACGAGGAAGGUGAAGCCAGAGCGACUGAGAUUUUAGAAGGCGACGAAAUCGACGAUAUGAACGAAGAAGCACUAGACACAGUCGAAGGACCACCAUUGAGUCUCGUGAAGAGUAGAAAGAGCAUUGAUGAGGAAGGUAUCGAAGGCAGAAGAUCUAGAAGAGGAAGUGGUCUCAGUAGACUUGAAAGAAGAAUGAGUUCUCCUAUUGGUGUUCGCGGCGGCAGCGUGGGACCUGGAGGCGGGAGACGCCUAAGUAAUGGUCUGGCAGCAAGUAAUAUGGGACAAGGAACUGGUGGGAGCACGUUUCAUUAGCGGGCUACGGGAGUUCGAGAGUACUUCAAAGCUGGGUGUAUGGUGUUUGGGAUUUUAUGUGCGAUAGAAAUAUACCGGACAUACCCUGAGCGCUUGCUUCUAUUUCGGAGUUGAUGGUCUUGUGAAUCA